AUGGCAAUUUUCACUAAACCUAAGCUUUUGUUUCUCUUCUUCUUGAUCUUCUCUUUGUUCCUCGCAUCUCAAUGCGAUGAUAAAGACCCGAGGCGUGAGCUUGAGAGUUGCUUGAGUCAAUGUGAAGCUCAGGGCGAACGCCCUGAACAACAGCUCCAAUGUCAGAGGAGCUGUGUUUUGCGUUACGAGCGUCAACAGAAAGAGAAGUCAGAGGAGGAAGUGAUUGAGGAUAUACUGACUCAGCACCAUGAUCCUCAGGAGAAAUUGAGAGAGUGCAAACAGCGUUGUGAGAGACAACAACAGGGACAACAAAAGCAGUUGUGCAAACAACGUUGUGAACAAGAGUAUAAGAAAGAGCAAGAACAUCAACAUGGAAGGGAGACUGGAGAAGAUAACCAAGGCAAACGUGGGCCUGAGAAGAUAUACAGGGAAUAUCUAGAGUGCCAACGGAGAUGCCAGGAUGAAAAACAGGGGCAACAAUUGAUGGAGUGUAAACAACGUUGUCAACAAGAGUACCGAACAGAGAAAGGACAAGAAGAAGAAACUAACCCACAGAGAGAACAAGAACAAGAAGAAUCGAAUAAUCCCUACUUAUUCGAGUCUCAGAGGUUCAAGUCUCCAUUCAGAGCCAGUCAUGGUGAUUUCCGCAUACUCGAGAAAUUCACUCAAAGAUCCCAACUUCUAAGAGGAAUUGAAAAAUACCGUCUUGCAGUCCUUGAAUUGGAGCCUCAUUCUUUCUUUCUGCCUCAUCACUGUGACGGUGAAGCCAUAUUUGUUGUCGUUAGAGGGAAAGGAACAAUUAGUAUAGCGGAACAAGAUGACAAGAACUCCUUCAACUUGGAGAAGGGGGAUGUAAUCAAGGUGCCUGCUAGUUCGACAAUCUACUUGAUCAACAGAGAUAACAAUGAAAGGUUCUUUGUUUAUGUGCUGGCCAAGUCCGUCAAUGCCCCUGGCCAAUUGCAGGAAUACUUUAGUGCCGGAGGUGAGAAUCCGGAAUCCUUCUACAGAGCAUUCAGCCUUGAUGUCCUGGAGACUGCUUUCAAUACCCCAAGGGAGAGGUUAGAGAGGCUAUUUGGACAACAAAAGCAGGGGAUAGUAAUCAAAGCCAGUGAAGAGCAGAUUAGAGCUAUAAGUGAACACGCUGAACGCUCCACUAGGCAAACUAAAGGUAAAACACAAGGACCUUUCAAUCUGCUGAAGGAACGCGCGUUGUUCGAAAGCAGAUUUGGACAGUUAAUUGAAGCAUCUCCAGAAAGAUUUGAGCAGUUGAGGGACUUGGAUGCUUCUAUUGGUUUCAUGAACAUCAACCAAGGUGGCAUGGUACUGCCAUAUUACAACACAAGGUCUACAAAGUUGGUUAUGGUAGUAGAAGGAAAAGGUCGGUUUGAAAUGGCAUGUCCUCAUCUUGGAAGACAAGGACAAGGCCAAGGCCAAGGGUAUCGUGGAGAAGGAAGAGAACAAGAACAAGGAAGAGAACAAGAACAAGGAGGAGGAGAUGUCCAUUACCAGAAAGUCCGCGGUAAUCUAAACGUUGGUGAUGUUUUGAUAAUCCCUGCAGGCCAUCCAAUUACCUUCGUAGAAACCGGAGGCUCAAAUCUCAGGAUAGUUGGUUUUGGAAUCAAUGCUCAGAACAGCAAAAAGAACUUCCUUGCAGGUAAGCAAAACAUAUGGCGGAAUGUAGACACGGAAGCGAAAGAAUUGUCCUUCAACAUGCCCGGAAGAGAGGUAGAAGAGAUUUUUCAGAAGCAAGAGCAGUCCUACUUUGUGGCAGGGCCGGAGCAUCGCCAGCAGCAGAGGGAGAGGGGUGAAGAAGGAAGAAGGGGAGAGGGACUAUAUUUAUCUUCAAUUUUGGACUUUGUUUUCUAAAUAAUGCACGAUGCACUAGGGGAAUAUAAUGAUGCAUAUGUGCUAAGUGAGAGCUUUGUGAGUAAAUAAGAAAAGGCUCCUCCUACCUAAAGAGAGUAUCUACUAUUAAUGUAACUCCCUACUCAAAGUAAAUGAGGUCUAAGAGUUGAGGGGUUUUGGCCCCUCUUGUAGUAUCUAUCUUGUCGUCUGCAAUGUUACUUUUGCAUCAUAAAUAAAACUCUUUCUGAUGCUUAUUUACUGACAACA